GUAUCAAAAAAUAAAAGGGGAUUCAGAUCACCUAUAAAUAGUUCCCAGCUUCACCAUUCUUCCAUCUUUCUCUGCAAUUCCUCUAUUUUCUUUUCUACCAAACAAAACCCUGCUUGUCAUAUAUGGCUUCUACUUCAUCUUUAGCCUUCUCCUCUAAAACUACCUACGAUGUUUUCCUUAGUUUUAGAGGUAUUGAUACUCGUCCAACUUUUACUAGUCAUCUUUAUUCUGCUUUAUGUCGGAAAAGUAUCCCAACUUUCAUAGACGAUGAUCUUGAGAGAGGAGAAGGGAUCUCGCCAACGCUUUUGAAGGCGAUUGAAGAAUCCAUGAUUUCAGUAGUAAUUUUCUCAGAAAAUUAUGCAUCCUCUCGGUGGUGCCUAGAUGAACUGGUGAAGAUCGUUGACUGCCAGAAAGAAAUAGGGCGAAAGAUUUUACCCAUUUUCUAUCAUGUAGAUCCUUCUGAUGUUAGAAAACAGACUGGGAAAUUUGGAGAAGCAUUUGGAAAAGUUAAAGAAAAAUUUAAGCAAAGCUUAGACAUUGUGGAGAAGUGGAGCACUGCUUUGACGGAAGUAGCCAAUCUGUCUGGAUGGGAUUCCAGCAUCUACAGGCAUGAAUCGGAAUUAAUUGACAAAGUUGUCAAACAUAUCAUGAAGAAACUAUAUCCCGUCUCCUUUAGUGCUUGUGAUGAUUUAGUUGGGAUUGAUGCACACCUCAACGAAAUUCUGUCAUUCCUAUGUAUUGAGAUGGCAGAUGUUCGUUUUAUUGGAAUUUGGGGAAUAGGCGGCAUAGGAAAGACAACCAUUGCUGAAGCGCUUUUCGGUCAAAUCUCUGAUGAAUUUGAUGCUUGUUACUUUCUGAACAACGUUAGGGAAAGUACAGAAAAGCAUGGAUUACUGCAUUUACGACAAAAUCUUUUUUCCAAACUUGUAGGGGAUGAACAUUUGAGCAUACAAACGCCCCAUGUACUUCCCACUAUUGUUUUGGAUACAUUGAGAAGAAAGAAGAUUUUCAUUGUUCUUGAUGAUGUCAACGAUUCAAAGCAAUUAAAGGCUUUGGCUGGAGAUCAUGGUUGGUUUGGUUCAGGAAGUAGAGUCAUAAUAACAAGCAGAGACAAACAAGUUCUUAGCAGUGUUGACAAAAUCUAUGAGGUUAAGGGAUUGGAUUGUAGUGAUGCUUUUCAGUUGUUAAGUAUGAAAGCCUUCAAACAAAAGGAUCCUCCGAUGGAAUAUAUAGAGUUGUCCAAAAGCGUGCAAGCUUAUUGUAAAGGUGUUCCAUUAGCUCUCGAAGUUUUGGGUUCCCAUUUGUGCAAUAAGACUCCUGAAGAAUGGGAAAGUGAAUUGAAUAAAUUGAAGAGAUUUCCUGACUGCAAUAUUAUGAAAGUCUUAGAAAUAAGUUAUAAUGAUUUAGAUGAAAUGGAAAAGAAAAUAUUUUUAUAUAUUGCUUGUUUCUUCAACGGAGAUUGCAAAAGCUGGGUAGAAGAUAUACUAAAUGGUUGUGAUUUUCCUACACGUUGGGGAAUAAUUCGUCUUGUGGAUAAGUGUCUCGUAACUGUUGUGAAUAACAUGUUAAAGAUGCACGAUUUGAUAGUGGAGAUGGGUCAAGACAUUGCUCGGCGGAAGGGUAUCAUAUUAUGCAAUUCUAAUGACAUUUGUCGUAUGUUGGCCACAACUAAUAUUAAGGCAAAGAAAGUUGAAGGCCUAUCUUUGGACAUGUCUGAAAUUGAAAGGGUAUAUUUGAAUAGUGCUGUCUUCUCACGAAUACCCAACUUGAGAUUGCUCAAAUUUUACUGGACUCCCUGGUUAAAGAAGGAAGGUACUGGCUUGAUAGUUGAAUCAAAUUAUCUAGAAAGUCUUCCUAACACGUUGAGUUUAUUUCAUUGGGAAGAAUACCCUUUCAAGUCUUUGCCAUUAAAUUUUUCCAUGGAAAACCUUGUCCACCUCAACGUGCGAAAUAGCAAAGUUGAAAAGCUCUGGAAUGGAGUUAAGUGUUUGCCAAAUUUAAAAUCUCUUGAUCUUACUUGCUCAAAGCAUCUGAAAAUAGUCCCUGAUUUUUCUAUGAUGACAAACCUGGAAAAGAUAAUUUUUGAUGGUUGUGAGAGUUUGAUUGAGAUUCCAUCAUCCAUUCAGUGCUUGAAAAGACUCGAUUCUCUUGAUCUAACUUAUUGCAAAAAGUUGAGAAGUCUUCCACAAAUGCCGAGAGGCAUAAAAUAUUUAGAACUCGCUAAUUCUGGAGUGGAAGAGUGGUCUCCGUCAUCUAUCCAAUUUCUUGACAAUCUUUUGGUCUUAGAUAUCGCCCAUUGCAAAAAUCUUAGAAGUCUUCCAAGAAUUAUAUAUUGCAAUACUUUUAUAAGACUUGAUAUCAGUUUCUGCCCAAAUCUCAUCAUGUCUCCGCAGAUUAUGGAAAGUUCAGAAGUAUUGCCCUCAUCAAAAAAUGGUAUUGUUGAAUUAGAUUUGAGAGGAUGUAAAAUGCUCAACAGUCUCCCAAAUAGCACUUGUGAAUUGAAACACCUUGAGAUUCUGCAUCUUCAUGGCUGUUCAUAUCUUGAGAAAUUGCCUCCUUUAUAUGGUUUAUGCUCCUUAAAGAAGCUAUUUCUAGAUGGCACUGCACUUGUAGAAAUUCCCCCUGACAUUGUUUCUUUGUCAUCAUUAGAAUUACUGUCUCUAAGUGAUACUCCAAUGGAAGAAUUGCCGUCAUCAAUUGGAUGUCUGUCUUCACUUGUUAGUUUGAAUUUGAAGAGAUGUAAAAAGCUUAAGAAUCUCCCAAACAGCAUUUGUGAAUUGAAAUGUCUUGAGACUCUAUAUCUCAGUGGCUGCUCAAAUCUAGAGAAAUUGCCUCCUUUAUAUGGUUUAUUCUCUUUACGAGAUCUAUAUCUAGAUGGCACUGCACUCGUAGAAAUUCCCCCUGACAUUUUCUCUUUAUCAUCAUUGGGAGUAUUGUUUCUAAAUGAUACUCCAAUAGAAGAAUUGCCGUCAUCAAUUGGUUUUGGCUCUUCACAUACUAAGUUGUAUUUGAUGAGAUGUGAAAGGCUAAAGAGUCUACCAAAUAGCAUUUUUGAAUUGAAAGGCCUUCAGAGGUUAGAUCUCAGUGGCUGUUCAAAUCUUGAGAAAUUGCCUCCUUUAUAUGGCUUAUGCUCUUUACAAAAGCUAUUUCUAAAUGGCACUGCACUGUUAGAAAUUCCCCCUGACACUGCCUCUUUGUCAUCAUUAAGACGACUGAGUUUACAAAACUGCAACAGACUCCAAAAGUCAGUAUCAAUUUCAUAUAUUGCACCAAUAAAAUAUCGUGAAGGAUGCAGGGACUAUGGUUAUGGUUUGAAUUUUUGUAAUAGCUUAAAUUUGGACCAAAAUGCACGUGGCACAAUUAUGGCAGAUGCUAUCCGGAGAAUUAAAGAAUUAGCCAUUGCUAGAAGUUAUGGAACAUUUUAUCCUCAUUUUUUUGUUGGUUUACCUGGAAGCAAAAUUCCUGAUUGGUUGAGCUGUGAAGGCCCAGGAAAUUCAAUAGCAACUUCAUUCCCUCCUGGUUGCUUCAAUAAUAUUUUCCUGGGUUUUGUUUUUUGUGCUAUUAUAGAAUUCAAGGCUCCUGUUUUUCAUGAGGAUGGACCCUUAAGAUGUCGAACCAGUUUCAAAAACAAUAAUGGCUACAAAGAGGCCAAUUUUACAAGUGAAUAUUUCUGUUUGGAAAAUACCAUAGAAUCAGAUCAUUUGUUCUUUUGGUACGAUGGUCAUGACAUUUCUUGUUUAGAUUGGCUCAAACAAAAUUGUGACAUGGAGAACAAGGCAUCAUUCCACCUCUACCCUGAGAAUAUGUACUCCAACUAUAUGACAAAGUGGGAAGUGAAAAGGUUUGGGUUCCACUUGUUAUAUGACAAGGUUGAGCUAAACAAAUGCAGUCCUUACAAAUGCAGAGAAGCCAAAUUUCUGGAGCAAUUCAAAGAAACAACAAAUGCCAACAAUAAGAGAAGCAGGAAAGACUUCUACUCCAGUAAUAUCAAUGGCAACCAGGAGGUGGAAACACACAGUAAAAGAUUGAGGCAAAAGUCCUCUAUGGAAGAUUACUUUUCAAAUGCUCAGGAUGGGAUUAACUACGACGCUACUAUGGUUCCUUCAAGUUCUUCAUGUGAAUUUGCUCCCAAAUUCUACAAAUUUCUUUGAAAUCCGUCCCUACUAAUUGUGGAUAACUAGGGUUUGCGGCUAUAUUUCCCUCAAGCUGCAUCGACGUCUUCCAAAUCUGGGCAUCAACUAUCUGAUCUGUCGAGUCUCAUUUGUUUUGGGCAUCAACUUUCUGAUCUGGCGAGUCUCACGAGCCCAUCUGUCGCGACUUCAGUGGCGUCUUCCAGACUCACUCUACGCCAACCUCGGCCUUCUCCAUCUCGCCACUUUCAUUUCUCUUCUCCACUCAAUGAUUCAGAAGCUCUACGGUUUUUGUAGCCUCCAAUUUCUUCCUCUCUUGCACAAACUAAAUUAGCGACUAUAAGUUUUCCAUUUCAGUUUAUGUUUUCAGGAGAAGAAUUGUAUUGCUGAUUCUUCAGCAAAUUGAAACUUGUGGCAUUGAAAUUAAGGCCUUUAUGUGAAAUUGCAUUCUGUAGCUCAUGACGUUCAAUUCUGGUCUGAUCUUCCAAAUGAGAUAUGGGGUUUCCUCACAACAGAUGCAGUGGUAGUGACUCUGUGUUAACUCAGGAACGAAGUGCUUUGGAAUUCUAAUCAGAUUACAAGCUCUGCUUCCUCCUUCUUGAGUCAGUGGUUAGCUACCAAAGUUAGUGACCAUCCAUCCCAUUUAGACUACCCUUCGAUAGUUUCUAUGGCUGAUUUGUUGAAACGGCACAAGCCUGCUUUGGGAUUCUUGAAAUACAAUACAGAUGCUUCUCCCCGUCCGGAUCAUAGCAAAAUUGAGCGGGUUGGGUUCUUUGUGAUUAGAGAGGACAGCUGAUGAAGGCUUGCUAAAUUAAGCUUCUUGGUCCACCUGAUCGGAAAAUCGCUGAAGCUCUCUCUCUCCAAGAAGCUCUUAGAUUGAUUGAUGAAGGGGGCAUGCAUAUCACCUUAUUUAUUAACUUAUUCAACCUUGAUUGAAUGCUGAUGUUGUUCCUUAUACUGCACUUAUAGAUGCCCUGUGCAAGAAUGGAUUAGUGAAAUCUGCUGUGACUUUAUUUGAUGAGAUAACUAAGUAGGGAAUCAAGCCUAAUGUUGUCACUUAUAAGGCAACUCAAGAAAAUUACAGUGGCAAGCUGGAAAUUUUGUCCAUCUUAAAUACUUGCAGUUGCGUAAAAGGAAUGAUGCAUGUGGCUCGUGGUCAAUGCUCAAUCAAGAAAUAUAAACAGUCAAUGCAUAGUUCAUGUUUCUAAGAUUUGAUGAUCCUCUUGUGGCGUUUCCUUUGCUCUCUGUACACUUAUGCCUUGACCGUAAACCAUUAGCAUUAGAAACAAAUCAAGCAGUUCACUAUGCUAGUAUUUCUUGUCAACAAUGACUAGCAGAAUUGCAAAUAUCCUUUUAGUGGAUCUCUUGUAAAGUUUCUUGUAGCACAUAUUUAUGGGCAAAAGCAGGUCAAGAAUUGAGAUUAUCAGAUUUUUGAAGUGCUAAUAUAUUGCUUGCCUGUCA